AUGGAUGAUACAUCUGAUAGUAUUGAAACAUCAAAUGAUGCAGAUGAUUUAACAACACCCAACUCUUCAGAAGAUGAAUGGACUGAAGGUGAAGCUGAGACACCGGCUGGAGUAACCGACAGUAUGUUGACUCCACCAGAUUUUGUCAGUGAUAGUGAAAGACAGGAAAUUUAUAAUGUUGCACCUGGUGAAGAAAAUGAUGAUGAAGAUAAUGACGAUGAAUUAGCAAAUGGCGAAAAUCUUCAGAUGGUAAAAGCUUCUGGAAGUAAAAAUGUAAAGAAAAGAUCUCGAUCUAGAGCUAUCAGUAAACCAUCGAAGUUAGACGAAGAGGAAGCACCCACAACUUCGUCAGAUAUUUUAUCUGAUGAACCAGGCCCCAUGGAACAAGAAACGAUACCAGCUGAAGAAUUGGAGCAUAGCCAGAAUUGCAGUAGCUGUGAACUCCUGAAAAAGGAAAACAAAAGAAUCCGCAGUUGCUGGCAAACAUCAAAACAGAAACUAAGUGCUGUUAGAGAAGAAUUACGUGCACUUAGAAGUGUAACAGGUGAAAGCAGCCAUGCCCAAGUACUUGAUGAUGAUGUUGAAAGUGACAAUGAGGAAUGUAGUGUGUCUGGGGAUGGAGCAGAGGAACCUUCAGAUGAAGUAUCUGAUGAUGUAGAAAUAGAAACAGAGACAGAGACAACAGAUACAGAUACUGAUGAAGAUAUAAAUGUGCCUCCACAAAGUAACUCUGUGUAG